AUGCGUCGAAUUCUAUUGCUGCUUCUGUUGCCGUCGGUCCACGGCUCGUUCAGAAUGGUUGUAAUCAACGGCGAGCCGGCCAGUUACUCGGAUUAUUCGACCGUCUCCGAGUCGUGGACCUCUUGCGUGUCCUACUGUUAUUACUCGAGCACAUGUGUGACCGUGUACAGUCCAGACACCAGUGGAACUUGUCGCGUCUUCCGAAUUGAUCAGAUCUCAAGUGUUACACAGUUGUACGACACCACCGGACAGACAAUCGCUAUUAAAGUUCGUUUUUAAAACAUCUUGAAAUGUUUGACCUAAAGUUACAGAUGCUCUCAAACUCGACAGACGGUUCCUGUUCCUCCUCAUCAUCUGGAAACUCUAUGACUGUAAUUCCUCUUUUUUCCUAAAACUAUUGUCCAUUUACUCUUCUUUCAGGGCUACGUGACCACCAACUCCACCUAUCAAUCCUACAAUAUCACAGUUUCGGAUGCGACGUGGACGUUCAGCACAGACACCCAAUUGUCUUGUCUCUCGGACUUUCAACUAUUCGUUCGGCCACUGGGACCGUGGUGUAUUGGGGUACUUUAUGGGCAUCUAUUAAAAUAUACAUACAUUCUGACAGGUUAUCACAACCGGAUGCAUUUCUCAAACGGACAGUGUCAGCCAGUGCUCCAGUACCUAUGGAGGGAUCUUGAGUGGAUUGCAGACUAUUGAGGAGUAUGAUUAUAUUCUGUGUAAGGGUCAUACAGUGCGGUGCAAGUUUAUAAGGCCACCCCCGUUUGGCACUGCCACGUGGCGCUCGAAAAUUUUUACGACCCGGCGACUUCAAAAUCCGAUUCAGGGCACAAAGUUACGUAUGUUUGGUGAUUUUCGUGAUGAUACCUUGAAAACUGUCCGAACUAUCUUGAAAAAACUGAAAAUUUGCCUUUUGCAACCGUUGCAAGUUUAUAAGGCCACCCCAGGGGAUAGGGGUUUUCGCUAGUCCGGUCAACCCCUAUGAGCACAAAAUAAGUUGUACAUAUCUAACAAGACGUUUUAAAGCUGUUUUUGUCAUUCAGACGCUUUAGGUUUUUUCGUAAAAACAUGGAACAUGGAACUUUCCCGAGGAUUCGGAAAAACUCUUAACACAGCCAUUCAAAACGGCCGGAUGAUCGAACCAAGAGACCAGUUCUCAUCUAAAGUGCUUCAAAUACAUUUUGUGAUCAGUCCAGCCUAAAAGAACAUCUUAGAAAAACCGGAAACGGGUUUCUCAUGCCAAAAGGUUCCUCAUCCGUGCCGUUUCAACUGCGAAGCAGUCCUGCAACGGCAUGGAACAGGAGCUGGACCGUGGAUUUAGAAAGUGUAUGGUUUGGGAAACUGUUGAGGAGUGCCCUAACAAUGUUUCUGAGACCAUGUGACCCUCUCCGUGCAUUCCGUGCAUUGCCACAAGUCACAUCGCAUCGAAUGCGUCCGUGGCAACAUGUCGACCAAUGAGGGAUCGGCUGUUAUGAUCGGUUUUGUUUGUCCAGAAACAUGUUUUCCGGUGAAUUCAUGCCUUCUGCUGAAAAUAUGGUCAAUUUGAACGGUCUGGAGGAAUGGAAGUGAUACUGGCACGACAUCCGCACUGACCGCUUCGUCUUCUCAAAGAGAACCUUUGGAGAACGAAGCCUUAUGGUUUUGAACGCUUUCUCCUCGAUUGGAUAUUUACAAAAUGCAUUCAGAUAAACUUGUUGCACUGAUCUGAAGUCCUCUAGAAUCAUCUGAGACCCUCCCGUAGUUUAUUUGGUCUCAAUCAGAGUUUGGCGACAGGGAUGGCGAACAUUUUCGCACACACAUUCAGUUUCAAUGUCUGCCCGGUCUUCCAAAAAUUCUUUUUUGAGUUUCGACUAGUCACGAAAUGGAUUUGAAUCACUUUAGACAACAACUGAACCAUCGGUUAGGCCAUCCAACCGUUUUGAAUGGCUGUGUUAAGACUUUUUUGGAAUCCGUAGGGAAAGUGCCCCGUGGCAUGUCUUACGAAAAAACCUAAAGCGUCUGAAUGACAAAAACAGCUUUAAAACGUCUUUUUAGAUAUGUACAACUUAUUUUGUGCUCAUAGGGGUUGACCGGACUAGCGAAAACCCCUUUCCCCUGGGGUGGCCUUAUAAACUUGCAACGGUUGCAAAAAGCCGAUUUUAAGUUUUAUCGAGGUAGUUCGGACAGUUUUCAAGGUAUCAUCACGAAAAUCACCAAACAUACGUAACUUUUUGCCCUGGAUCCGAUUUUGAAGUCGCCGGGUCGUAAAAAUUUUCGAGCGCCACGUGGCAGUGCCAAACGGGGGUGGCCUUAUAAACUUGCACCGCACUGUAUAUAGGCAAAAAUAUGAUAUUUUGCUUCAGCGAUUGGGCAGCCAUACCUUGAAGCUCAAUCAACGUACACCAGAUACGGCUACUGGGUCAACGGUUUCCGUAACUCUUCGUGUAUGUAUCCGACCGCCAGGACCGCCGCGUGCAACGGCACAAACGAAUUCUACUUCACCGAUCCGCUACUAUCCGCCUACGACGGCUACGUUUGGGCGUCCGGCCAACCGGAUGGAAUCGCCUCGAAACAACUUCAGAACUGUUUGAGCGUCGACUUUUCGUCGGCCGAGGGUAUCGAUGAUUAUAAGUGAACUAUUCCGGUUUUGAACAACAAAAACACCGUAUGAUUUCAGCUGUAGUGCGACCACAGUGACAGUAAAAGCGACUUCAUCGACAGGCGGUUACACAUUGUGCUAUGCUGGAUAUGCUUGCGGACUCGAACCGGUUUAA